AAUCGAUAUGGUAUCUCAUAAUCGGGGACUUUCCUCUAUAAAUAUAUGCAUAAUAAAAAAUAUUGUUACAAAGUUGUUCUAACUACAUUGACGGAAAAAGUUAAAAAUAUUGUUAUUAAGUUGCUAUACCAAAUUGACAGAAAGAGUUUUAAACCUCAAAACUCAACUGUAAUGCGAAACUUUUUGCUAGUUUAUUUCUUAUUAAUAAUUUUUAAAGAAAAGAUGACCUGUUUUUAUUAUAUAUCUUUACUCUUUAGUCAAAUUACUUUUACAAUACCCAAAAUAUGCUAUUUUUAUGAAAUUAUUAAGAUGAAAUAAAAGUAAUAUCUCGACUAGUAUAGUGGAUGAAAUGCACAGAGUUUUAUAUCUGAAGAGAGUCACUGACGGGCGAAAAACUUAUUUGCGAGAAUUUCUAUUCAUCAAUCAUAAAAGUGUAGUUCCGUAUACUUUCCAGUAAUGUCCUAAGAAUAUGAAAACGCAAGUUGAUAAGUGAGUAUACAUCUCAAAUUGAAUAAAAUAUGUAUCAAUAUAGAGGUAUAGUGCAUGUAAACGUACGUAUAUCAUCGGUUAUUGCGUUAGUAUAGUCAUUGUCUCGAUUCGAUGGCACGGUGGAAAGACGGUAAGCGAUGGAAAGACGAUAUCGCGUACGCGAUGACUCCUUUUAAAUUGAUAACGUGGCCUAUCGGUGUUUGGCCCUUGCAAGUUUAUGACGUCUAUUCGUUAAUACAAUGCGUUUGGGGUACCUUCUGCUCGAUACGCACUUUUCAAAGCUUACUGGUGAUUUUGCCUUGCAUUGAACUUUGUAUGGGCUGUACUGAUACAGAUCGAAACAUAGAUUGCCUCAUGUUAAUCUGUUGCGGAAUACUCGGCAUGCAGAAGACGAUAUGGUUUCGCAUUUAUGGAAAUAAUUUAGCUAAUAAUUAUAAUUCUGCUAUAAAGGAUUACGUGACGAUUGAGAACGCAAAACAGCGUUCCAUCAUGCGAAGACAUGCUUUUAUGGCAAGGUUACUUUGUUGCUUUUUGGUGUCUUUCUCUUAUUGCAGUUGUAUAAUAUAUGCGUUAAUUCCUCUUCUCGGAGAUAACAAAAAUAAUCAGAUCAACAAAACGAGCGAUGAUUCUGUUCUGGAGUAUCCAAUGCCAUCAAGAUGUGCCUUGGAAUUCUUUGAAGUUCCAACGAGCAUGUACAGAAUUUUUUGUCUUAUCGAAGCUAUUGCGUUAGUAAUGACGAGUACUUGUAAUCACGGUAAUGAUACUAUGUUUCUAAAUAUUACAUUGCAUAUUUGCGGUCAAGUGGAAAUCCUAAAAACUCAUUUUAUCAAUCUCAAUCUUUCAAAUCCUAAUUUCAAUGAUCACCUCAACACACUAAUACAGAGACAUCAUCAUCUGAUAAAGAUGGCCAAAAAGCUUGCCGAAACAAUUAGUUCGAUUUUGCUGACACAGUUAUUUAUUAGUAGUGUACUUAUAUGUAUAAUGGGAUUUCAAUUUAUUUUAGCACUAAAAGUUCAUAACGUGGUCAUGAUGGAAAAGAGUGUUAUAGUACAGAGUACCUUUUUGACACAAUUAUCGCUAUACAGUUUUAUUGGAGACUAUUUGAAAUCUCAAAUGGAAGAAGUAGGACCUUCUAUCUACCAAAGCUCUUGGUAUCGUUUUCCUGCCGAAAUGAUGAAAAACUUAGUUUUUAUUAUUAUGCGAACAGAAACACCCGUUAUGUUUCAAGCUGGUAAUUUCAUCGUAAUAAAUUUGUCAACUUAUAUGGGCAUUCUAAAAACGUCUGUCUCAUAUCUGUCUGUUCUCCGCGUAAUGGUAGAAAUAUGAAAUAUAAGAUGCAUAUAAUCAAAAGUCAGGACUUUAUGAACUAUAAAACUAUAUUUUGAAAUUGCACUUGUCAAGAUAAAAAGAUCUGUAACGAGUUUGAUAGAAAAUAUCAUUCCAAUAAAAUUGUUAGUUAUAAUCUCAACGUGCUGUUGUUUUUUUGUGCUGAAUUAAUUUUUUAUUGUAUGAUAUAAAUAUAUAGAUAUUGUUUAUAUAUAAUAUAACAUUUUCUUAUUACUUUUAAUAAAUUAUUUAAAAACCACUCAAUUACAUCAAAUAACGAAAGCAUCUAGCGGAUGAUGUCAAAUUUUAAACAAAAUGAACAUAGCUUCCAUAAGUUGACUACUUUAUUAUUAGUGCAAUAAAAUAUUUUACCCUUUUUUUCACAACACCCUGUAUAAGUAGAGAAGUAAAAUUGUAGGGAAAUGUUAGUUACUAUAAAUAUAAUAUUAUAUAUAAAAUAAAUUUUUGUAUUAAAACACAGAUAAUAAGAUUUAUUAUAUUAGAAUUAUUUAUCUAUAUAAUCCUCUGUUGGAUUUUUAGUUUAGAUGAUAUAAAAUAAAAAGAAAUCGCUAAAUCAACAUAUUUUUUAAUUUGAAUAAACUAAAUCCAUACUACUUAUUCGAUAUAGUAUCAAGAGUAUGCAGAAAUUAACAGUAAAACAAUUGACGCGUAUGUACUCUUCAACUUCUUCAAAUUCUAAGAGUAGCAGAUGCAAUAAAACAAGACAUUUAUUCGAUGGAUGACAAUUUGAAAACAGCAGGGCCAUGUAAGUUUCUACACAAUAAUUUGGAAGAAAACCAUAAUAUAGUCCACUUAUUGUUAGAUAAUGCACUAGAGAUAAUGCGUUGAAAGCAUAAAAACGAUAAGCUGAUCUGAUAAGCAGGUAUACAUCUCAAAAUAAGUAACAAAUUAUUCUAACCGUGCGUAGUAUCGGUAUAUGGAGCAUAUCAUCAGGUAUUGGCAUUCAAUUACAGUUAUAGCUUCGACCUGAUGGCGAUGGAAGGGCGAUGUAUCGCGUACUCGAUGAACCUCUUCAAAUUUUUAACAUGGUCACUCGAUAUCUAGCCAUUGCAAGUUUAUAACGUGUUUUCGCCGAUACGAUAUACAUAUCUAGAGCAUUUGUUGCAAGGUGCUCAUUUUUUAGUUUUAUUUUGACGAUCCGCGCUAUUACAAUUAAGAGCGUAUAUAUCUAAAUUGAUAUUAUUACAUAAUGACAUCAUGCUAUUUUAAAUAAAUCUUUGAUAUCGUAAUAUUAAUGGAUUAUCAAAUUUUUUAGCAAUAGUGUGUGCUUAAUGAUAUGUUUUAUAAUUCGCGUCGGAGAUUACUUAAAGUCUCAGAUGGAAAAAGUAGGAUUCAGCGAUAAUCAUUGUAAUUUUUAAAUGCGAAAGUAUUUCAAUUCAAAUUGUAUGCAGGUUCAGCUCGGUAAGCAGGGUUCCCUAUUGGUGCUACCAUUUUUCGGCCACAAGUCAUUUACACCAAUCACGCGGCAUCCCCUGAUGCCAGUCUCUUAUAGAGGGUCUCUAGUUCUAACACUGGAAAUUGCAUUCCUUUAGAAAAAAUAUCAAUUUUAUAUGUGACAUCAUCUAGUAAAAUUCAACAGUCGCAAGAUAUUAUAAAUUCUACUUGUAGAUUAUCACGAUUUAGUAAUGAAAUUGAAGAAAAUGACGAUUUUAAUGAAGAAUAUAUUAUCUCACCGUUAAUUAAUGAUCAUAAUUAUAUUUCCGAUAUUAGAGAAAUAAUAGAGUUUUCUAGUCACAUCAUUGAAUAUAUCGCUGGCUAUAUUGUUAGAAAAUUAAAAAAAACCUUACUGUGCGAAAAUUGUUUGUCUGUAUUAAUAGCACAAACGAAAAAAGAGAAUUUAAUAGAUACAAAAAGUCGAGGAUGGUAAAUACAACCUUCGGUAGAAAAGUCGGUAGGAGGCUGAAACACGCUCUUCUGGCAUACGACGCAGAAAUAUUCUUUCUUAGAAUAUCCUUUUCUUCUUUUUUCUUUGUUUAGUUUUUUUUUAUAAUAUCAAUUAUUCGGAAUUCCCACGACAAGGAAGAUAACUGUGGACAUCGACAACGCCUGGGGGAUAACUUCCCUGAGCCGCUUAACGACAACGCCUGGGAGACAAUGUCUCUGAGUCGCGCAGUGACACUCGCUCGUUCGUAUUCUACCGUGCUCUAAGGCAGUCGAGAACAGUCUGACAAAAUCUGAAAUACGACUCGAUCGUAUCGGCAGUUGAUAGCUUUCAAUCGUACUUUCAAACAGUAUCGCACAAUAAUAAAGAAAA